AUGGAGGCUAGGAAUAUGUCCAGAGUGACUGAAUUUAUCCUCCUGGGAAUUCCUUUUCUCUAUGAUCUUCACAGAGUCUUCUUUGUGGUAGGUCUAUUCAUGUACCUUGUAACCAUCUUUGGGAAUGGAUUCAUCCUCCUCAUUGUAGCCAUUGAGCCAAGACUUCAGACCCCGAUGUACAUCUUCCUGAGCAACCUUGCUUUCCUGGAGAUCUGCUAUACCUCAACUGUUGUACCCAAAUUUCUACAGACACUUGUAGAAACCAAAACCACCAUUUGUUUCCACUGCUGCCUGGCCCAAGGAUUUCUCCAUUUCAUCUUUGGCAGUACGGAACUCUUCAUCCUCACAGCCAUGGCCUUUGAUCGCUAUCUGGCCAUCUGCAGGCCCCUUCAGUAUCCAAUCAUCAUGGCCAAGCAUGUGUGCAUUCAAAUGUCUCUGGCCACCUGGUAUGCUGCAUUCGUGGUUAACGUUUUUCAUUAUUGUAUUGUUCAGACGUUGCCAUUCUGCGGGCCCAAUAUUAUUGACCAUUUCUUCUGUGAUAUUGGUCCUCUUCUGAGCCUUGUCUGUGGUGAAACCUAUCUCAUUGAAUCUCUCAGACUGUUGACUGCCUUUUUAAUUGUUAUUAUGACCUUGCUCCUUAUGAUUGUGUCCUACAUGUUCAUCAUUGUUACCAUCCUGCGCAUUCCUUCUGCUGUAGGGCGGAAGAAGGCCUUCUCCACCUGCACAUCUCACCUGCUUGUGGUGUCCAUAUUAUAUGGGGCUCUUGUCAUCAUGUACGUGAGGCCCAAUGUCCAGUCCUCAUCCCGCUUGACAAGGACCGUGGCAGUCUUGAACACCACCCUUACCCCAAUGCUGAAUCCUUUCAUAUACACAAUCCGGAAUGCUGAGGUCAAAAAGGCU